ACGCGUUAGUAGCGGAAGUGAAGUUUGACAGCUAGCAGGUGGACUCGUGGAAUAAACAUGUUUGCUUUCCUGUGAUGUCGUGUGCGGUUUAUUUUUGCUUUAUUAUGCUGCAGUAUAACAGUUUGUAGCGUUGACUCGUGGAUGUAGGAUCAAAUCCAAGAGAUUGGAACGUUAGGCCCGGAGAAUGUUUGUGACUGUAUUCCUGCUUCUGGUCACUUUGUGCAACCAGGGAGGAUAUGGCAAGGCAGAGGAGGCACAGCGACCUGGCCAUAUUUCAGUGAUCAUAGUGGGAGGCACAGGUGACCUGGCAAAGAAGUACCUGUGGCAGGGAUUCUUCCAGCUGUACAUUAACCAGGUCAAUAGUGGAAACACUUUUUCCUUCUAUGGUGGAGGACAGUCCCCCACUGAAAAGGCCACACCGGUGCUCUUUGAGAUCCUGAAGGCAGUGUCCUGCACGAAGGAUGUUUCUCAGGAGCGCUGCGCUCUGCUAAAAGACCAGUUCCUGCGGCUCGCACAGUAUCGCCAGCUGAAGUCACUAGAGGACUAUCAGAAUCUGGCCAAGCACAUUGAGCAACAGCUCCAAGAGGAGGGAAUGACCGAAGCAGGCAGGCUCUUCUACCUCUCAGUACCAGCUUUUGCAUAUGCAGAUAUUGCUGACAAAAUUAAUAGUAGUUGCAGGCCAAAAGGUGGGGCUUGGCUGAGGGUGGUGCUUGAAAAACCUUUUGGACAUGACUACAGGAGUGCUCAAGUACUGGCAUCUCAACUUGGGAACUCACUCAAGGAAGAAGAAAUGUACAGAAUUGACCACUACCUGGGGAAGCAGGUGGUUUCAAAGAUACUUCCAUUUAGAAUAGAAAACAAAAAGAUUCUUGCUCCCAUCUGGAACAAGCACCACAUUGAGCGAGUGGAGAUUGUACUGAAAGAGACCCUGGAUGUUAAAGGUCGUAUUGCCUUCUAUGACCAGUAUGGUGUAAUCAGGGAUGUGCUACAGAAUCACCUGACUGAGGUCAUGACACUGUUGACCAUGAGGCUUCCCAUGAAUGUGAGUAGCAGUGAGGAAGUCCUUGGAAACAAGCUGCAGAUCCUUAGUUCCAUACUGCCUUUAGGAAAGGAUCAAGCUGUGAUUGGUCAGUACCAAGCUUACAAAGCAGAGGUUCAGCAGGAGCUGAAUAAGACCAAAGAUCAUGUCAGUCGCACACCAACAUUUUCAGCUGUACUAGCUCACAUCGAUGACGCUCAGUACGAAGGCGUGCCAAUCCUUUUGAUCUCAGGGAAGAUGCUAGAUGAGCGGGUGGGAUACGCACGCAUUCUGUUUAAAAAUGACAUCUUUUGUGUUCAAAACCACAAUAACAUUCACUGCAAGCCCAAACAGAUCGUUUUCUACUUUGGACAUGGCAGCCUGCAAUAUCCAGCGAUUCUUGUUAGUAAGAAUUUAUUCAAGCCAGCUCUAAUAGACAGUGAGUGGAAGGAAGUGACGGAGCACACAGAUGUCAACGUUUUAGGCUUGCCUAUUUCAGACUACUUUGUGCAAACUCCAAUAGAGCAGAGGGAAGCUUAUGCAGAACUUAUUUCUCACAUCUUUUUUGGACUUAAGAAUAGCUUUGUUAGUACAGAAAACCUGCUGGCAUCCUGGAGCAUAUGGACACCGCUGGUCAACAGUUUAAUCGGCUCUUUUCCCCGCAUCUACCCUGGUGGUGCUGACAAUGCUGACUUGCUGGACAUCCAUCUGAAAGGGAAAGAGAUUAGCUACAACAAUAAGGUGGUGAUAAUCAGUCCUGAUCAGAUGAGUGGCGCAUCAGCAAAUGGUUUCCAAGUGAUGCAAGGUAAAUUUCGCAGUUCUGUAAUGGUGUCUGCGUGGGCUGAGCAGCUUGUCGAAAAGCUGGCCACAGAUAUUCAGGAAGCAGCAGAGGCCGCCAUUUAUGAGGGCGGUGUCUUCCAUCUCGCCCUCUCCGGUGGAUCUACUCCCCUUGCUCUGUUUCACAGGUUGGCCGAUCACCACUUCACCUUCCCCUGGAGGGACACGCACAUCUGGAUGGUGGAUGAGCGUUGCGUCCUGCACACAGAACUGGAGUCUAAUUUCCGCAGCUUGCAUGACCAUCUACUCCAGAAUGUGAGAAUCCCCUAUUACAACAUCCACCCCAUGCCAGUUCAUCUCAACCAGCGUCUGUGUGUGGAGGAAGAUGGAGGAGUGCUAAUGUAUGAGAAGGAGCUCACUAAAUUGGUUAAUAGCUCCAGCUUCCACUUUGUAUUGCUGGGUGUUGGCUAUGAUGGCCACACAGCCUCUUUGUUCCCUGGUGGCAAAGUGGAUGAACUUGGUGAUAGUCUGGUGGCCCUCACUGAGAGCCCUGCCAAGCCACAUCAGCGUAUGAGCCUCACUCUUAAAGCCAUUAAUCAAGCCCGCAAGGUUGCCCUUUUGGUGAUGGGCAAAAGCAAGCACGAGCUGAUCACCCAACUGAGCCGAAUGAAGGACAACCCAGACAAAUGGCCUGUCACUGGGGUGAAGCCUUCUAAUGGUAACCUUGUUUGGUACAUAGACUAUGAUGCACUUUUAGGGUAAGAAUAUAAUCCCUACCUUGCAAUCAGACAAAUGUCUUUGGAGCUGCUUUAAUUGGACUGCUGGUUGGUGAAAAAAAAAGCAUGAACCAGCACAUAAAGGAUCAUAUGGAAUAGUUUAUUAACUACAAAUUACGUGUACUGAACAUAACUGCCAAAUUCUUUUGGGUUUCUACUUUAUUUCUCACCACCUCUCCAUUUGAGAUCAUAACAGUACUUGCAAAGACCAAAUGACUUGAUGAAAAUAGGAAAUCAGUAGGAAACGGUUUAAAAUAGCCCCUUGUUGGUGUUCAUGUGCUUGUGGGGAAACUGAGAAGUUUGUGGUUUCUUAUAUUUAGAGAACUGCUUUUCAGCCAACUAGUAAGGCUUGACUUAUGGAGCUGAAGUUUUUCAGAACAUGAAUUCACCAAUCCAAGGUGUUACUGUUUUAUAAUGUAAGACCCCUGUCUUCAAAGUUGAGCCUAGUUUAUUGCACUGCGAUAAAUCCCCAUUGUGCCCACACCGUAGUGGGUGGAGGUGGUUUACAUCUAUACUUGUGUGCUAGCCUGCCUGCAUUGCGCUGCCAUCACGAGUGAAACUGAGCUGUUCAUGUUGGACUUGGAGCUGUUAAAUCUUGAGCAAUAGAUAGUUUUACUGCAAUGCAGGAGUAGAUAAGACUUCAGAAAUGACCGAGUCUAUUCAGGUAAUGUUAGAGCUAUGAAAACAAGAAAAACAGCAUCAGCAAAAUGAGCAAAUUAUAUACAGUUAUAGCCUAUUACAUUUUUUAAUAGAGGUAUUACACUGGUGCUAAACAAUAAACUGCAUUUACAGAGAAUAUUAUUACUGAACAGAUCCUGUUGAGGUCUGAGGUCGUGUAGUUACUUUUCUGUGAGGGUGCACAUCAGGCCACGGUGUAGGCUAUGGUUUGGAUUUAACACGACUAUAAACCAAGUUUUGGAUUGACACUACAAGCUUUCAAAAUUAUUUAGAAGGGAUGCUGAGGAUGUGUAAUUUGUCAUUAAAGAAAUGUUUCUUAAAAGUUUAAACCUCAUUUAAAUAUUUUUUUAUGUGUGGGUGAGAAAUGCAUAUAAAGAUUUUUGAUCAUUUAAGUCUAAGUGUGAGGUGAGUGGAAAUCUAGAGACAAGUUUCCUUUGCAAACUGCAUAGCACAGAUGAAUGUUGUGUGCUGGAAGACAAUUACAACACAGAUUAAUAAGAUUUUUUGUGUGUGUGAAUCAUGACAGAUCUCAGGUGAAUUUAAAAAUAUCCAGUUUACUGUCUAAUCUGCAUUUCUUGGUGGUGUAUUUUCUGCUGCUGAGUGGCAGUGACUUACUUAAAAUGCAAUCACUUAAGAGUUGGGCUGUUAAAGACUGAAAACUAGAUACAUUUCUAACAAAUAUUCUUCAAAUGAUGUAAAAUCUGUGUGCUUUGGUAGUUAAAAAAAAAAACAUAUUCUCAUACACAGAUUACAUUAUUCUAAUAAGAAAACUGUGACCUGCAGGUGCUUUUCCUGUAUUGUUGUUUACUGUGUACAGCUCUUUGUGACUGUGUGUGAAAAGUAAUAAAU